GAACUGCUAAGUAGUCCACAAGCAUCAACAGGAACUGAAAGUCAAGAUGCCGCAAUGUCGCUUUCAAUCCAGAACCCAGACGAAAGUCUUACUGGAGACGAUAACUUUUCUACCCAACAACUGUUCUCGUUUGCUUGGCAAAUAGCUAAAGGAAUGGUAAUUACUAUUCUACACUGGAUAACGUUACGUUGAUUCUGGUUUCGACUAAUACUUGGGACAGGGUAGGAAAUGCAUGGACUAGGAACAGUAAGCCAAUCCACCUGCCUAGCCGAGCUCUCAGUUCUUAAGUCCCAUUAAAGGAGAAAAAAGAAAACAAAAGAGAUCAGUGGAAAAAAGAUAAAGAUGAAGUUCAGUUUUCUCCAAAUAAAGGGCUGCCUGAAUGAAAAGAUUUUCUCGUAACGGUUAUAGAUCAUAGUUUUGGCUAAAUUCGGAUUUCAUUACGCGUUCGAGGGAACUGGAAUGGUUUAUUCAAUACAUUUGUGACAUACAAUCAUUCACUCCACAUAGAGCGUUUUCACUCACGUGGCCAGCAUCUAUGCAAAUUUAUGAGAACAAAAGAAAUUUUUUACAUAAGAAAAGGGUUCAACUCCCACAGGAUUGGUUUGGAACACCAACAUGGCCGCCGUGACGUCAUGUGAAAACGUUCUAUAGUAAGCUCUCAAUCUCAGCUAUAUACUGAAUACCACUGGUACCCCGUUAUUGUAAUACGUCGACAAUAAAUUCCAUUUCUUUUAUCGCCUUUUUGUUAGAAUCAUCUCGCCGAAAACAAUCUUGUUCACAGAGAUCUUGCUGCCCGUAAUGUACUGAUCGGCCAUGGCAACCAGGUCAAAGUGUCAGACUUUGGGUUGAUGAGACAGAUAUAUGAAGAUGUGUACAGCUCAAGGAAGUCUAAAAAACUUCCUGUGAAGUGGAUGGCCCCAGAAUCACUUUAUCAAGGCGUUUACACCACCAAAAGUGAUGUGUGAGUUCACUGUUCCAAGUCCUCGUAAGAACUCGUUCGUAACUAAAACACUGACUUUUCCCUGCAGUAAACUAUCUCUUGUAAAAGCCAAAGCUGUCAAAAAUACCAAAGGUGGUUAUAUUUAGUACAUGUACUUAGACAAAAACUGUCACUGAAUUUAUUAUUCUAAGCGCGAAGUUUCCUAGGUGAGAGCGAAUUGAUUUAGCUUUUGAAGGAAAACUAGUUAACUUUAAGAUUUUUUGGGAGAAAAAUGACUUUCAAUCUGAAUUCGGGAAACCGCUUCUCACGAGACUGCCUCUAAAUGAUUGGAGCACCUCAAGAAAAGUGUUUACAAAGCAAAGGACAUUGCUUUCUGGUGGAACAAUCUACGCUAGAGCGUUCUGUGCGGCGGUGCAGAAUCAAUUCCGUGAUUUGCAUUUAACGCAUUAAGAACAUUUUCAAUAUGAUAUUUUCGAUGACAAAUAGUCCUUUUCCUUAUUAUAUACCUAUUUUCAUAAAAAUCCACAAACUCGUUCGCAACUCUAUUUCCAUAAACAGUGCCACAAUUUUUACAAAGAAUGUGUCUAUCAUCAAUCAGACCCGGAUUUUCACAACAAUCAUAUAACACACCUCUUACUUCAUCAAUAGUUUAUCACAAAAUGGGCAAAUACAAUAUUCCUUCUUUAGUUUAUUACGAAUUGCUAAAUUACAGCUCAUUCUAUAUACAUUUAUAUAAAGUAAUAUCUCUUUAAAACAGUUUGCUUAAAAAAGAAGGGCUUAAAGCGGAACACGUCUGCGUAGAACAAGGGAAAUCCCCCUUAUAGGGGGCAAAAAAUCGUAUCCCACAUUAAAUAGAAAAUUGAAUUGGAGUUAAAUAUAAGGCUUGUUUGAAGUAGUAGUAGAAUGUACUGCGAGAAUGGUUAAUUGAGUUAGAAAAACGUGGGGCUUUCUCAAUUAACCGUACUCAACGCACCCUGUUAACAACCUAAAAACCCCACGGGGUUAUGUUAGCUUGAAUAUAGGUAAAACAAACUCAAAAAGGUGUCAGAAUACUGAGUAGAGCUGUAAUUACACUGAGGACCACUCGAAAGAGGAUGGCUAAUAGCCAGUGAGAGGUGUAAUAGAAUUGCUGCUUUAGUCCCAAGCAUAGAGGAAUAACAAAUAAAAAAGUGUAGAGACUCUAAAGAUGGCUAGCCUAGGAUAACGGAGAAGUGGGGAGAACAAAAAAGAGGAGCCGUGGAAAAUGGGUUUACGGUUGGGGGAUUUGGGGGGUCCCUCUUGAGAAGGUCUGGUGGCCACCAAUUUUGUUAAUUUUUAUUUUGGUUAUUAUAAAAUAUAGUGCAACGCCAAGGCCGCGAUGAAUGGUAAAAAAGAGGCGCAAUUAAAUAAUUAGUAGUAUUGUAGAUGGGGAAAUUAGCGGUAGCCCAUGAAUGGUAAAAAAGAGGCCGAUCAAAUAAUUAGUAGUAUUGUAGAUGGGGAAAUUAACGAAGUGAAACGGAGUUAAUUGCUAAUCGGAUACAUUGGGUGAAACGAAGUGAACGAAAUGGUCCGGUUACCCCUUCUACUAUACUACUGACGGGGAUGAGGCUUGGAUACACGCGUCUCUUCCCAAUGUUUGUCUAGCCGAAUGCAGUUAGCCAGUUCAUGCCCUUGUACAACAAUGCAAAUCGAGCACAAAGUGAGUGCGAAGCUAAUUUAAAAGCACGAGGGGUUGACCCUCGCAUUAGUUCGCACGUUCAUGAAAUAUAAAUAACAUAGAAACGCUUGAAGAGGGUUGUAAAUAGCUUAAUUACAAUCCAGUCUGACUGCUUUAUCAUUACUGUCUUCAUAGAUGGGCUUAUGGUGUUCUUCUUUGGGAAAUGUCCACCUUGGGUAAGUGUUGGGGUGUGAACUAAUCUAAUCUAACAACCUUUUACCGCUUUUAACAACCCCCUAUCCCUAUAAUUAUGAUGGGGUGUGGCUUGGCUUGUUCGCUUGUAUGUUUCUUUUGUUAUGAUUAAUAGGUGUUCUUCCUCCAGGACACUGACAACACUUCUGUUCAUCACCUGCAACUCUGGCUUUUUGGUAUGAUCUAGGCCCGGGUCAAGAAAGUGCUACAACUUAAGACAGAUACAAGACAAAAAUGAUAUCCGACAUCAUCUUAAAAAUGCGCGCGUGGUAACCUAGAAAACAGAAGCCUUAUAAUUACGCAUCCUGCCUUCAGAUCUUCUAAUGAUACAUUUUAGUUCAAAGGCUACUGAGUCCCCGGGGGUAUUUUGGGUGAGGAUGUGCCGCUGGGACCCGGGAAACCUGAGCCGAUACCAAACGUAGUUCACCUGAAUUUUGCCAACUCCAAGAAUCUUUCCUUUUCUAAUCUCACUGUUUUACAGCAGCUUGUUGAGAGCGACGCUUUCUUUGUUAUUAAUACUGGACUGUGGGUAAAUUCAAAUUUGCCGAUUUUGCUUUUAUCACUUUUAUUUCCCUAGUCUAGACUAAAAUCUUCAACCAAGUGAUAUUAGUUUCCUAGUUUCCAGGAAAAUGAUACCCUUUUCUAAAGACAAAUACCCUAUACCAGACUAAAGUGCAUGGGAACCUUACCCUUUAGCCAGCAGCAUAUAACAAUACAGCCCAUAUCUGGCAGUAUCCUCUUGGAUCGAACCAACAUUGACUAAGUUUUGCAAAAUACAUUACACUGGGCAUGAGGGGAGUUAUACUACAACGGCAGAGUUUCUUUUGAUUAUAGUUAAAAUCGCGAUGACAUCUCGAAUAAGAAGUUGUAUAGAGGACGUUUUAAAAAUGUAUGAUUUCUCAAUUUAUGAUUAUUUUUUCUCCCUAUCAUCAGGAGGCGUGCCAUACCCCACACUGACCAACAUAGAGUUGUUUCGACUGCUCGGCACUGGAUAUCGCAUGGAAAGGCCUGACAUGUGUUCCGAUGACGUGUACGUUUCUUUACAAUUAUCGUAUUAA